AUGAAAAAGCAUCCAAUAGAGCAAAUUCAUAGUUCUGUUUAUGAUAAGGUUGUUAAAUCUUUAACUCUUUUUUUUAUGAUAAUCUCUUUAUUGAUCAGCAUAGGACUAGAUAUAGUGCAUGGUGUAGUUGAUUUUUAUUCAAAUGAAUAUUAAUACAAAGCUUAAAAUGCUACAAUUGGAUAUAUUUCCGAUAAUCUAAUUUACAAACCAAUUAAAUAGUAUCAAAUACUUAAUUAUAAUUAGAGUAUAUUUUAGAGAUUUAGAUUGUGAUACAUCUGAAGAAAUUUAAUAAUUAUUUCCAUUUGCAGAAUAUAAUAUUACUAGAUGGUUCUCUCAAUUGAUUUGUGUUACUAGAUUUAAGGAUAUAAGAUUAUCAACUGAAUGUACAGAGACUGAAUAUAAUUGUGGACCUUAUUGUAUAUAAACAAGUGAAGGUUCUUAAUGUCCUAUUUCAAAAUUGACAAUAAUAUAAAAUGAGAUUGUUGAUGAAGAUGCAGAUUAAAAUUUGGAGAGUAAUAGGGAUCUAUAUAUUUAAAGGGAGAAUUCAUCUUAUGGAAUAUUUAAAAUUCAAGUUGUAAUAAGAGGAUAUCCUUGUUUGAAUCCUUUAAUUUAUAUAACAGCAGGAUUAACUAAUAAUAGUGAUUAUAUAGAUCCUGAAAAUUGUGAAGGCUCUGAUUUUGAUACAGAUAAUAGUGUGAAAAUAGAAUAAACAACACUUUCAGAAUUUUCAAAAUAAGGUUUAGAGGCAUUAUCUUUUAAUGGUGUACCUUCAUCUGUAAUUGGUUCAGCAAUAACUUAUUUGACAGCAAGAGUAUAUAUUAUAUUAUAUUAAAAAAAAGAAUAAAAUUGCAUCAAAAGCUGAAGAUAGUUGCACAUAAAUUGAUAAUAAUAUGAUUAAUGAAACUGAAAAUUGUGAAUAAUCAAUUUAAGAAAUUGGUUUAAUUUAUGUAGUUAUUAAAUAAAUAUUUACUGGAUUCAUAGGAAUUAUUUUAAUCAUAGAAAUUUAUAUUCUUAAAUUCAGAAUUGUUAAUGAUAUAAGAAUAAUUACAGUCAUAUUAAAAAUACUAUUAGUAUGUUAGAUGUCAUUCAUACUAAUUGAAGGUGGUUUAAUAUUAUAUUAGGAAAAACUUAGAAUUGAUGCAGAACUCUAUUUUAAAUCUAUAGCAAAUUGUUAUAUAUCUGAUCAAAUCUAUAAUGUAUUUGCCAAUUUUCCAAAUCUCUUUCCAGCAGAUGUCAAUACUUAUGUAUCACUCAUUACAAUUUCAAUAAUAAUUAUAGCCAUUAGUGAAUUCAUCUUAGUUAUGAUGUUUAUAGUAUAAAUGUUCCAUUGGUGUUUUAAAUAAAAGAAGGAGAAAUUGUAUGUAUCUGAACCAGAUACUUAAAGACAACAAAUUCCUUCAAAAGAAGAUAUUCAUCAUUCAGAAACUAGUCCUUACUAAAAACCUUUAUCACCUUAUUAAUCCAAAUUUCCUCCUAUUUAUUCAAACAUUUAAAAUAAUAUAAUCCAAAAUCAAAGUAAUCCAAUUAAUUAAGAAUCAAAAUAUGUUAAUGAAUAUGUUCCUCCAAAUCAAUUUGAAGAUCCUAAAUAUAUUCCACCAAAUCAAUUUGGAGAACCUUCAUAACCUAAAUUUUCUGAAAGUUAUAUACCUCCUCAAAUUAAUAAUAUCUAAUCAACUCUUGUAGUAGCAGGAAAAAAGAAUUCCAAAUAUUGA